UCAAAAACAGCCAAGCCUUAAGGAGCCAGCAGACAGCCCCGAGCUUAUCUCCAAAAGCUGCUACCAAGAUCCUUUUGAGAUGAAGGGUUUCUUCCUCCUAUUCACCAUCAGCCUCCUGGUUAUGCUUCAGAUACAAAGAGGAAUGUUGGAAACCACCGCGCCUGGCAUGGUCACUACUACCUCUGCUCCGGCCACCACUGCCACCCGCAACCCCGCUGCCCCCCGCACCCCAGCCCGCACCCCAGCCCGAACCAACGCUGCCGGCACCACCGCUGCCGGCAACACUGCCCCCACCACCCCCACCGUGAACCCCUCUCCCUCCCUUGCCGCCACCAAGAAACAAACAGGAGCGGCCCCAGCACUCAGCAGCCUGGGCGGUGUCAGCAUCCUCAUCAUCUUGACCAACACCUUUAUCCAGCUCUUCCACCUCAGCUGAGGUCAUGCCUGGGCCCUCUGUGUUAGCUGCCACCAGCACUACCAAGAGAAGCUCCUCACCCCAAUCCUUGGGAGGGGUUCAUACCAGAUAUCACCAGUAGUGAUGACAGGAAGUGCCUUGGGGGCAAAGGCCAACACUGGGAGGUGCUGAUGUGAAAGGGGUUAGCAUCACCCAGCCCAGGUUCAAUAAAGUUGUCCUGUACUUGGA